GCCGGCACUGUACGCGGUGAAGCAUCCUGGGAUACUGUCCGGCAUUCGGUCCGCUCAAAUUAUUUGUCAGUUGAAGAAUUUGUGACGUCCGUCAUGGGCUGUCAGAUGCCAUGACGUCACGUGUCACACAUCGGCGGCCGCGGACACAUACGAAAUCAUUCUGACUAGGACUCGAUGAAAUCUGCGAAGCUGCGUGGAGCGGAGAGCAGAUUAAAGCCGACUGCACAAGCACACAAGAAAUAACUUGAUGACAACAAGACACAGAUGAGCACACGCUUUCUUUUACCUUCCUUAGUUUUUCCGUCUUCUGGUUUUGUGCACGUGAUGAAGGAGGAGUCUUUCCGCGUCUGUACACACGCGAAUCUUCUAUUCAAAUGGCUCUCGAUGGGUUUGUGGUGGUAUCGUCCAUUUGCAAUAAAUUUGUUGUAGUAGAAUGUAUGUAGUAGGGUGUGGGGCCUCGUCCGAGGUGUUGGAUUAGUGUGAUGUGAGUAAAGGGUUGGUGUGGGUGUGGACUGAUUGGAUUGGAUUGAGAGAGAACACGGGUUGAGUGAAUUGUCGUUUGUUAAUGAAAUUGUAAGCAUUUAUAUUGUUAUUGAUGUUAUAAUUGCUGGGUGUACUAGAAUGAGUGAGAGAGACAUCACAUCAUUGAAUUCCCAACUUGUGGAAGCUGUGAGGAAAAGUGCAGAUGAUGAAGCUGAAAGAUUGCUAGAUCUAGGAGCGUCAGCGGAUGUGUGUGCUGAAGAUGGACUUCCUGUACUGGUGAUAGCUUGUUUGGAAGGCUACAGUUUAGUAUCUAAACUGCUAGUGAAGAGAGGGGCAGAUGUGAACAAAGCUGAUUCUAUUGUGGGUGUGACUGCUCUAGUGGCAGCCGCAUUAUAUGGUGAUGAUGAAAUGGUUGACUUCCUUCUUUCAGUUAGAGCUGAUGCUGGACAGAAGACUAGGGAUGAUGAGAGUGCAUAUGAUGCCGCUAUAUAUAGACGCCAUUUGUCAGCAGCUGGUCGUUUGGUGUUGGCAACUCAAACCAUUGAAGAUGUUACAACUUGUCCUUCAAUGUUUGAUUGGGCAUGUGAAAACGCAAAUGUUGAUGUUGCAAGAAUUAUUAUAGAGAGGCUGGGAACAGAAUGGAAAGAUGAUGAUUUGGGACGAACUUUACUUCACAAUGCUGCUCAUGAUGGCAGUCGUGAUGUGGUUGAUCUUCUGUUGGCCUUCAAAGCUGAUGCCGAUGCUGUAGACAAGGAUGGUAACAGACCAUUUGAUUUGGCUUUCACAAGUGGUCACAUGUCAAUAGCUGGUCGGAUGUUUUCAAUCAUGCAGUCAGUUGAACAUAUUCCAUUUCAGAAUGUGUGUCAGCUGCUGCAGUUUGCAUGUAGUAGGAAUGAAGUGGAUGUUGCAACAAAGAUUGGAGAGCAGUUUCGACAAUCAGUAGAGAAGAGCUCUGGUCGCACUCUACUUCACUUUGCUGCUCAACUUGGUCAUCGCGAAGCAGUCGAGUGUCUCUUGGAGAAGAAGGUCAAUGCAGAUGCUAAAGAUAAGGAUGGUAACAGACCAUUUGAUUUGGCUUUCACAAGUGGUCACAUGUCAAUAGCUGGUCGGAUGUUUUCAAUCAUGCAGUCAGUUGAACAUAUUCCAUUUCAGAAUGUGUGUCAGCUGCUGCAGUUUGCAUGUAGUAGGAAUGAAGUGAAUGUUGCAACAAAGAUUGGAGAGCAGUUUCGACAAUCAGUAGAGGAGAGCUCUGGUCGCACUCUACUUCACUUUGCUGCUCAACUUGGUCAUCGCGAAGCAGUCGAGUGUCUCUUGGAGAAGAAGAUCAAUGCAGAUGCUAAAGAUAAGAAUGGUAAAAGACCGUACCAACUGACUGACGGUGAACUGAGAAGACGACUGAAGAAAGCAAAUGAUGAACAACGGACUGCUAUAUUUUAUGCCAAAGACACGGUGAGACUAGAAACCAUCAAGUUGUGUUUCAUCGGUUCAGACGGAACCGGAAAGACGACACUUAUGGAGGCUCUCAAACGAGGAUGGUUAGAGAGGCGUUUUACGAAUGAGAAUCAAGAAGAUGACCCAAACAGUGAAGAGAAAUACAAACUUGGUAUCAACGUGAUGACAGUCGAUAUUCCAAGAGUGGGUCUUGUCUCAUUGUGGGACUAUGCAGAUCAAAGGCAGUUCCACAAAACACUCGGCCUCUUCUUUUCUUCAUUCAACUCGCUUUUCAUCUUGCUAGUGAGUCUAGUGAGAGGAAAGGAAAGGCGAAUCUGCAGCUAUGAGGAGUUGCGAGAUGAACUUCACUACUGGCUCUCAUUCCUUAGAGCCAGUUUGGAUGGAAAGUUUAUACCUACAGUGUUGAUAAUGGCCAGUCGAGGAGAUUAUUAUCGUGAUGGUCAGCAUGUGUUACGUCGCGUGGUUGACUUCAUUUGUGAGCUGUUCAUAGGCAAAAUCAACAUCAUUGAAGAUUGUUUGGUUCUCGACUGCAGGAAGAGUGAUUCUCCUGAAAUGAGACAACUCAAGAAUUUGUUCUGCAAUGUGAAGCAGCGCAUUCAGCAGUCAGCUCCUCUGUAUCCUCGCCUUUGUCAGCCAGUUGUGUCCAAGUUGCUUCCUGCUCUUCGUAAGACACAGAAAGAUCCAUUCAUGGAGACUGAAACACUCAUGGAGAGAAUUGAGCAGGAAGCAUGUCCAGGACAAGAGAAGAAGGUUAUAGAGAAGGUAGUUGGUUUUCUGGAGGAAUCAGGAGAGAUUGCUGUUGUUGGUGAUGUGUCAGCUCUCAAUCCUGCAUGCGUGCAUCAAUAUGCCAUCCGUCCUAUCAUUGCUUCUGAGGAUUUCAAUUGGCAUGUCAUGUCAAAGAGGAAAGAUGGCACAGUAACAAGAGAAGAAGCAAAACUGGCAAUCUGCCGUUUUUUGAGGGAUCAUCAGAUUGAUGUUCAACUUGACUGGGAGAAAGUCCUUGCUGUAAAUGAAUCUCUUAGUCUCUGCUUCAAAGUGGAAGGCAGAGACGACAUGUACAUGUUUCCAGCUCUCUUGCCUCAUAAGGAUCUGUCUGCCAUGUGGGAGAGCGAUGACAGUAAGAGUAAGACAGUUCAUGUUGGUCGACGUCAAGUGUGCAGCAGUCAGAUGACCAUUUUCAGUCCAUGUACAUUUGGCAAGUUUCAAUCUAAGGUUUGCACAACAAUAGACCCAGAAGCAAGGCUGUGGAGGAAUGGGCUGAUCCUAUUGCAAGGUGAUACAGUUUAUGGUCAGGUUGAGUGUUUGGUAGCCAUGAUAGAUCCUGUUCGUUCUGUUGACUUUGUGUGUCGUGGAGGUAAGGGAACAGAACAAAAAUGUGUUUCCCUGCUGGACACUGUCAUGUCUCUUUGGAGAGAUAUAUUAUACAGUGACAGUCCUGACACUGAAUAUCAGACUGAAUAUCUGAGUAGACAACAUUUGGAUGACCGGAAAGAACUGAAACUAAUUGCUACCUACUCUGAAGAAAAAAUCAAAGAAGCGAAGGAAAAGGAAGAAGGAGCAAAUGCUUCUGUAAAACAAGUAGUUGGUGAUAAGGUGAUUGUAGAAAGUCUUGGUGCUUUGCUGGUUGUUCAACCCUAUGGUCAACCUGCUUCAGUUCCUUCUAGUCAAGUUUUUGAUGCUGUUAUUAGGCAUGGUACAUCUCAGUGGUAUUCAUUUGGACUCAAAUUGAACUUUAACCACAAUCAGCUUGAAGCUUUGUGUCAUAACAAAGUGAGUUAUGGUGAUAAGUUGUCUGCAAUUAUCCAUGAAAGGUCUCAACAAGCUGGUGUGGAGAACAUGGAUAAUCUGCUGUUGGAGGCAUGUAAACGUUUACCAAAUCCAAUAUAUUCUAACGUGGCGGAGGAACUUGGAAUUCAUCGUUAGUCGCAGAACGAAGACCUAAACGUGGUAUUUUCUGAUCGGGAUUCAGUGACAAAUAUUUCUGUUUGUUGAUUUUAUAGCAGCAUAUUGGGAAAUGUAGUUACUAAGUAGUGAUGGUGGGUCUAAAUAUACUGUAUGUGUACUUGUUUAAUUUCUGUUGGCUGUACAUUACAGUGAUCAUUAUUUGUAAAUAGAGAAAAGACAAUGAUCCCAG